GCGGGCGGCGCCUGAAAGUCGUGGCUGCUAAAGAUCUGCCGAAGCCGGUCAAGAUGGCCUGGCGUACGGCGAUCGAUGGCAGCCAGGACGUGUCGCUGGCUCUGCGGGUGAUGCAGAGGCGCAACCCUAAACUCCGCACCGACGAGUGGAAGGUGGUCGACACCGUGAUGUCGGAGCUGAACACCAGGCGCAUCGUUCUGAUGGACCAGGUGUCAGCUGACGUCAUCAGGGAGGCCGGCUACGUUCUUCACUCGGGGCUCGACACCAGCCACUUCAAGCUCCUGGAGACGGGGAAGGAGCGUGAGCAUGAAGAGGCUGGGGUGGAGCCCGGCGCGGACGGGGGGGAGGGGGACUCGGUGGCCGAUGAGGCUGCGGGCGCCGCGGGGGCGGCGACGGGGGAGGCCCCGGAGCGGGACGCGCCGCCUGGCGCUCCUGCGGAGGUGGCUCGGGACCGGUCAGAGGCGGGGGAAGUGGUGCUAGUCGGGGAGAGUUUCGCCGGGCUGCGCUGGACCCGAGAGUCGUCACCGAUCCUAUCGGUGGCGGGCUCGGAGGACCUGCGCGGUCUGGAGGAACUCUACCUGGAGGGCACCACUUCGCCCAUGUCCUGCGACAACACGGUCCAGGAGGCGGCCGCUGAUCUCAGCACCGCCAAACACUAACCGCCGUAAUGGAGGGGCUAAGGGAUCUGACCACGGUCAAGAUCCUGAAUAAAGGGGGG